CCCACCUGCUUCUUCUUUGGUCUCUUCACACUCUUAGCUUCUCACUCUAAUUUACCAAUCUUGCCCUUCCCAACCCCCAAAUUUCCCUCGAACCUCUAAGCCUACUGUAAUUGCUUUUUAAAAAAAAAAAAUUCAAUUUUCUUCUCUGUACAUAUAUAAGGUUUCUGGGUUUAGUCUUUGAUUCUCUUUGUAUAUAUACAGAUUAGGUUUAGGGGUUCUUUUUUUCUUCUCUAUUUGACCGUUAUUGUAAUUUCCCUCCAUGUAACGAUGAGAAGAAUAAUAAAGAAAAGAUUGUUGGAGAGUUAGUUCGAUCAGGAUUAGGGAUAUUUUUAUAUUUUACAUUAUUUUCUUUGGCUUUUGUAUUUCAAUGGAGAAUCCGCCUAGAUCGUUCGAUAGAUCGGCUUUAGUUAAAAAACCUCGAUUAACGGAAGAUCCGACCCGGAGUUUUACUCAGAGAGCAGCCGUAGCUCAAAGAUUUAGUACAAGUAGAGAUUCAGAGGUCGAUGAACGAGCUGGUGGCGCAUAUCAGCCACAGCAGCCACACCAAGAGCUGGUGAGUCAGUACGAGACUGCGCUAGCGGAACUGACCUUCAAUUCAAAGCCGAUAAUAACGAAUUUGACUAUAAUUGCUGGCGAGAAUGUUCAUGCCGCGAAAGCAAUCGCGGCCACUGUCUGCUCUAACAUUCUCGAGGUUCCCAGUGAGCAAAAGCUGCCAUCUCUCUAUCUUUUAGAUAGUAUUGUAAAGAAUAUUGGAAGGGACUACAUAAAACAUUUUGCUCCCAGACUACCAGAGGUCUUUUGCAAGGCUUAUAAACAGGUUGAUUCUUCUGUUCAUUCGAGUAUGCGGCAUCUUUUUGGAACUUGGAAGGGAGUUUUUCCUCCUCAGACCCUUCAGAUGAUUGAGAAAGAACUUGGCUUCAUUCCUAUGAUCAAUGGUUCAUCUUCAGGAACAACAUCCAGGGCUGAUUUGCAGUCUCAGCGCCCACCACAUAGCAUUCAUGUGAAUCCUAAAUACUUAGAAAGGCACCGCUUUCAGCAGUCAUGCCAGGCAAAAGGAAUGGUUAAUGACAUGGCUGGGCCUACUGCCAGCACUACUGUAGAUGCCGAGAGGCCAGAUAGGUCAUUAAGCAUCAGCACCAGCAGGUCAUGGGUGGAACCUUCAGUCAAAAUGCAUAGCUUUCGGCAUUCAUACAGAGAAGCGCAAUGUGAGCCUAUCCCUCGGAAGAAUAUUGGUGAAACCUAUGGAGAAUACGAAUAUGGCUCUGAUCUUUUGCAGAAUUCUGGCUUGGGAAUUGGAAGAACCACUGGAAGGGUUAUUGAUCAAGGAAAUGACAAAUCUUGGGGUGGAGUUGGUAACAACAUUGCAGAAACAAUAUCUGGCCAAAGAAAUAGUAGCAAUAACAAGCAUAGCUUUCCAAAUUACCCAGUUUCCAAAUCUGCAAAUGCUGAUCUGCAUCUACAGCCAACACAGAAGAUAUCAAGUAGAAGCAGCAGUGGCAUGUCUAGUAGCUGGAAAAACUCUGAGGAAGAGGAGUUUAUGUGGGAGAUGCACUCAAGAUUAUCAGAUAAUGAUGCAGCCAGUAUUCCUAUCAUUUCAAGGAAGGAUCGUUGGACUCCGGAUGAUCCAGAAAAAUUGGAAAUUGAGAAUCACCUCCAAAAGCCUCAAAAUGUGCAUGAUGUUGGGUCAAGGUUUGACAGAGAAACUUCCACUGAUUCCCUUUCUACUGAACACAAAGCGCAAGAAACUUAUGGGCGCAGAAAGUCGACAAUAUGGCCAUUGAAGGAGUCACACUUAGAAGGCUAUUCUGCCACCCUUGUUGGGUUGCCUACGAGCACAAGUUCUUCCCUGGCCAGGACAGGAGGUCGUCCACCUUUUGGUUCAUCUCAUUUUGGGGCGUCUGAUUUUGGGGUUUUGUCAAAUUCAGCAAUUAGAUCUACUGGUAGCAUGGGGCAACAAAGUUUUCAGUCUGCAAGAGAUGGAUCACCCUCUGAACAGUCAACCAUGCUCCAGUGUCCUCCAUCACCUUCCUUAUCGGCACAUCAUCACCAUCAGAACUUGCAAAAUUUGACCGAGCAAGACUAUCCUCAUAUUCUUUUUCUGCCUCGACCUGAUUCAAAAGCAUCUUCAUUCUCAGGACAUUUGAACAGUGGGCCCAUUAGCCACUCUAGUAAGGAUUCUUCAUCCGUUCUGAAUUCUAAUAGACACCUUGGUAACUUGGAAAAAUUUCAGCCCCAAGACUUGAAAGGGUCAUCUCCUGGAGGCUCUUCUUUUCAGUUAAACCAUCACAAUCCUCUUAUACAGCCACUGCAACCAGAUCCCAAGCAGCCUGAACCUUCCGGUCUGCCUCCAAAGCCACUUCCUUCUGAACCUUCUAAUUUUGGAACUUCCUCAACGAUUGGAAAUGCAUUUGAUCAUUCAAAUACUCUUGAUGGAGAAACUUCAGGACAAUUGAGCACAAGUACAUUGCUAGCUGCUGUCUUGAAGACUGGUAUUCUUUCUAAUUCAAUCACUAGUGGCCUAGUUAGUCAGACAUUCCAGGAUGUGGGAAAAAUGCCAUCACGGUCAGAUAUUCAACCUCCUCUGCUAUGUGGGCCUCUACCUACUGUGGUUACCUCCUCAGGACCCAGGGCUGUGUCAGGAACUCUUUCUUGUCCUGCUGCCCAUGAUAAGUCAUCAGCUACAGCAAAUAAUUCCCAUGGAAAGGUAGAAUCACCACCACUGCCACCUAGUCCUCUACCUUCAUCUCUUCUAAAUUGUGCAUCAACACAAAGUUCCAAUUUUGAAAGCAAGUCCUCAAACCCUAUUUCGAACCUCUUGAGCUCGUUAGUUGCAAAGGGUCUGAUAUCUGCAUCAAAGAAUGAGUCACCAUCUGUCUUGGCUCCCCAAAUCCCUACUCAGACACAGAAUCAAAGUCCAGGGGUCUCUUCCAGUACUCUUGCACCUGUGUCUUCUGUUCCAAGUUCAUCCAGCAUUCCUCGAACUUCCACCAUGGAUGAGGCAUCUUUUCCAGAACCUGCUGCUGAAAGUUCGGUCGAUGUAGCUCAUUCCACUUCAGUGGAGAUGGAAAAUCUCAUAGGUUUGGAGUUUAAGACGGAUAUGAUCCGUGAAGUUCAUCCAACUGUGAUCAAUAGACUGUUUGAUGACUUACCGCAUAGCUGUAGCAUAUGUGGUCUUCGACUUAAACUCCAGGAGCGGCUUGAUAGACACUUUGAGUGGCAUACUUUAAGAAGGCCUGGACCAGAUAUUGUAGUUAGAAGGAGUUUUUAUGCUAGGUCAGAUGACUGGGUUGCUGGGAAGCCAGGACUUCCAUUGGGAUUUGAGUCUGCCAAUCCGAAUGAGUCUGGUAAAAUAGUGGACGAGGGUGAGCCAAUGGUUCCUGCAGAUGAUAAUGAAUAUGCAUGUGUUUUGUGUGGUGAGCUUUUUGAAGAUUAUUAUGACAAAGAAAGGGAUGAAUGGAUGUUCAAGGAAGCAGUAUAUAUGACUACUCUGUUCAAGGACACUGAGGUAGCAACAGAAGAUGCGUGUGCUGCUAAGGGUCCCAUUGUUCAUGCAAAUUGUAUAUCGGAAAGUUCGUCUCAUGACAUCAGACUUAAUAGUGGUGUUAAAAUGGAAAUGGAUACAUAAUGCCUUAAGUUGAGAGACUACAUGGAAGUGCUGGCUACAAUCACAAGAAGCUCAAGUCAGGUUUUCUUUAGAUAGCUUACCUGUGCAUGUUCUUUCACUCUAAUUACGAUAUGCCCCAAAUUGGUGGUUAGAGCAUCUAGUAGUGCUGCUUUUUUUUUUUUUUAAAUGAUAAUUUUAUAAAAUACAUAUAAAUGCCAGAUAGUUUUCAUCUCAACUCUGUUCACUAAUGUGGUUGAUGUGUCCUUUUAUAAUUUUCGUCAUUUACCAUAGUGGGGUUGCACUUAGUACCAGCAUAUAGACAUGAGGUAAAGCAGUCUGAUCCGUACCAUUCAGCUUCAAAUUAUAGGAAGAUUUUGUAUCAUUAAAUAUUUUUAUGUAGCCUUCUUUUCGUUUCUUGCUUUAUUUUUAAUUGGUUUAUGUGGAUGUAGCUUUUGAAGUUGACCAUUGUUUCUGAGUUAAAUUGUUAGGAGACGACAAUGGUUUAUAUUAUUUACGUAUUGCUAAAAUUUUCUUGAUUGGUCUUAAAUGUGUGGCUUCUAGGCUUUUGCUUUUUGGCCCGUUUGUAAACAAAAAGCUAUUGUGUAUGAAGCUGAAGAGGUGAAUUGUAGUGUACUUGAUGUUGAGUUUCU